ACGGAGCCUUACUACUACUACUCAGCAGUUCGAUUGAGGUACUUGUCGGAAGUGCACUCCACAUACUCGACGAAUUGCCUGACAGAAUUUCUGUACGAUUCUAGCUCCAUAUGUUCUGUAACUGUUAAAUCUGCUAAACUUAGAUUCUGCUACUUCUUGCAAGUUACACUACACUCUUUGUUGGACAAUAUAAACAAGCAGAAAGAUGGAGUGUUUAUCAUCAGUAUUAACUCCAAAUAUAUGUUCCUUUAAUCGAUCUUAUCUCAACUUCCACACCCCAUUUCGAGUCGUACCCAAUUUAGCUAGAACUCCAACAGCACUUCCUACUGCAACUGAAGCUCUAGCAACAGAUAACCCAGCUAUAAUCACCUCUGUCUCCCCCAAAAAGGUUUUAAUUCCUAUUGGGUAUGGAACAGAAGAAAUGGAAGCUGUGAUAAUGCUGCACAUUUUGCGUCAAGCUGGUGCUCAUGUGACUCUGGCCUCUGUUGAACCGCAGCUCGAGGUCGAGGCGUCUGGUGGUGUGAAGCUUGUUGCUGAUACUUUAAUCAACUCUUGCGCUGAUAAGAUAUAUGAUCUUAUCGCCUUACCGGGAGGUAUGCCUGGUUCUGCUCGGUUGAGAGAUUGUGAAGUUCUCCGCAGUAUUACUAGCAAACAUGCUGAGGACAAAAGGUUAUAUGGUGCUAUAUGCGCUGCUCCAGCUGUUACCCUCCAGCCAUGGGGGCUACUAAAGAAAAAACGGAUCACUUGUCACCCUGCAUUCAUGGACAAGCUUUCUACCUUUCGGGCUGUCAAAUCAAACAUCCAAGUUUCUGGAGAGCUUACAACAAGCCGAGGCCCGGGAACUACUUUUGAAUUUUCUCUGUCGUUGGUAGAACAAUUGUUUGGUGAGUCUGCUGCUCAGGAAGUGAAAGAUUUGCUGGUACCGAGAGAAGAUCAGCCUAGAAAAGAGUUCAAUGAAGUGGAAUGGUUGCUUGAUCACCCUCCCCAUGUACUCAUCCCAGUGGCAAAUGGAUCUGAUGAGAUUGAGGUUGUAACUAUUGUUGACAUCCUUAGAAGAGCAAAAGUUAAUGUUGUGAUUGCUUCAGUUGAAAAAUCCCUGCAAAUUUUGGCAUCUCAUGGAACCAAAAUUAUUACUGACAAGUUCAUCAAUGUAGAUGCUGAGUCUGUUUAUGACUUGAUUGUUCUUCCGGGUGGUCUCAAUGGGGCUAAGCGGCUAAGUAAGUCGAAGGUUCUUAAGAAGCUCCUUCAGGAACAGAAAUCUGCUGGUAGAAUGUAUGGAGCAGUAUCCUCCUCUCUGGCGCUCCUGCAAAAACAAGGGAUGCUCAAGGAAAAGAGAAUUGCUGCUCAUCCCUCCAUAUCAGACAAGCUAGGAACUGAAGUGGUUGAUGGUGCCAAAGUAGUUAUUGAUGGGAAGCUUAUUACCUCCAAAGGACUCGCUACUGCAACUGAUUUCGCCCUUGCUAUUGUGAGCAAGCUUUUCGGACAUGCCAGGGCAAGAAGUGUUGCAGAAGGUCUUGUAUUUGAAUACCCGAAGAGUUAACAACUAACAUCAGAGUUCAAUGAUGCUUUAUGAUGAGAAUGUCUUUUUCUCUUCCCUUCCCUUGUCUGAGGGCAGUGCUCGAUAGCAUCACGUGCAAGUCGUUGGAAUAACAAAACUAUUCUUGAAUGAUUGGAGCUCUUGUUCAAAUGAUAUUUAACAGAAUUCAGAUCAUCCGAUAGGUAAUUUGCACUUGCCUGUACUCAAUUAUUACCAUGACGCCCUAGUGUGUGCUAUCAUCAACGUGCUGAUAAGUGAUGGGUUUUUAAGGAAAUCUGCACUUGCCAGUAUUCGAUCGUUUCCAUGAUGUCCUAGUGUGUGCUAUUGUCAAGGUGCUGUUGAGUGAUGGGUAGGUUUUGUGGCUUAGAAGUGGCUUUGUUGAUUCACUGUUGCUAAUAGCGAGACAUAGUCUUUGUCAUGGCAGCAGAAUUUGCUGCUCUCAUAUUUAGGGCAACUACUCUUGAAAUGGCUACUUGUAAUCAGAUUGAAUAUCUUUAGGAAUAUUGGUUUGAAAUAAUAUGAAGUACUAGCAUUUUGUGCAAAAUAAUCCACACGAGGGAUUGCCCUUACUGGUUCCAUA